AUGAAUUGUAUCCAACAAGUGGUCAUAGUCAUACAUCAUAAACUCGUUGCCAUAAUCACUGCUCAGACAGUCUCUGGUAACUCUUCGCUGUUAUCAUUCGUGAGGUACCAUGAGAUCUAUCAAAAGCAUUACUGUACUGAGCAUAGGAUAUCUAGGCAGAAAAUUAUGGAGCAAGGGUUUCAAGGGCAAUGGAGCAUCAUCCUCAAGAUUUCUGGUGUCAAGCAUAGAAGAAAGAAAAGAGCUGCAUUUGCUUAUGAGGCUAGGAACAGGCAGGGUACAGUGGUGUUCUACGGAUGCAGCAGCAGUGCCGCUAACUCAGUCUCAGUUGCUUUGCUUGAAGGUCUUAGAGAAGCAGCUGUAACAGCUUUUAGGCUUCAAUACAACCAGAUUUUGGUUUUGAGCAAUUGUAAUUUUUUGGUUCAGUUGUUUAACACAGGCCAAGUACCGGAUUGGGAAGGAAAAACCUUGUUUGCUGAUCUGCAGUCCUUAAAGCAAAGGGGUAUUUGUCUUUCCUUCCGUUGGAUCCCUGCUUUUGUGCUUGUUAAUGUAUAUAAUAUGGCUGUUAUGGCCUCCAGUGCUCCCAUGCACUUUCAAUGGCCGCAGCACCUAACGUUGUAGUGCUCUGU